AACUAGAGUGCAUGGAGCGGGCUGAGCUCAGAGGGCGGGCGCUGGGCACCCGCUGCCGACUUUUUCCAAGUGCCACCAGCUCCCGUCCCGCCCAUCUCCAUGGACGCACCCGCGGGCGUCCCCCGCUGAGCACCCCAUUCCCUCUGGACUCCCCGUAGACUUACCCCCCCCCCACCUACCAGACGGUGAUCUCCCCGCAGGCUGUAAGGGCUCCCGGCUCGAGUUCUCGCCUUGCCGUCGGACGAGGGCUGUAUCUCCGCCACGCCUCACGCCCCACACUACCCGCCCCAUGUUGGUGCACACAUACUCCGCCAUGGAGCGCCCCGACGGGCUGGGCGCAGCGGCUGGCGGGACCCGCCUGUCGUCUCUGCCCCAGGCGGCCUACGGGCCCGCGCCGCCACUGUGUCACACUCCCGCCGCCUCUGCCUCCGCGGACUUUCAGCCUCCCUACUUCCCGCCGCCCUACCCGCAGGCGCCGCUGCCCUACGGCCAGGGCCCGGACGCCGCCUUUCCGCACCUCGCCGCCGACCCCUACGGUGGCCUAGCGCCCCUGGCGCAGCCGCAGCCCCCGCAGGCCGCCUGGGCCGCACCCCGCGCGGCCGCCCGUGCCCACGACGAGCCGCCCGGUUUGCUGGCGCCACCCGCCCGAGCCCUGGGUCUCGACCCGCGCCGAGACUACGCCGCCGCGGUGCCCCGGCUCCUGAACAGCCUGGCCGACGGCGCGCACGGCCUGGCCGACGCUCCCCUCGGUCUUCCCGUACUGGCGGCGCCGCCCGGUCUGGAGGAACUGCAGGCGAUAGAUGACUCUGGAAUGAGCCUUCUGGACCAAUCCGUGAUCAAGAAAGUCCCCAUUCCCUCCAAAGCCGGCAGCCUCUCCACCCUCUCACUGUCCAAAGACAGCCUGGUUGGCGGCAUCAGCAACCCCAGUGAGGUCUUCUGCUCCGUGCCUGGCCGGCUGUCGUUGCUCAGCUCAACAUCCAAGUACAAGGUGACGGUGGGGGAAGUGCAGCGGCGACUCUCACCUCCUGAGUGCCUCAACGCCUCCCUCCUGGGGGGUGUCCUCCGAAGGGCUAAGUCCAAGAAUGGGGGCCGGUGUCUGCGGGAACGACUGGAGAAGAUUGGGCUCAACCUGCCAGCUGGUCGUCGGAAGGCAGCCAACGUGACUCUGCUGACCUCACUGGUGGAAGGAGAAGCUGUACACCUGGCUCGGGACUUUGGUUAUGUUUGUGAGACUGAGUUUCCAGCCAAGGCAGCCGCUGAGUACCUGUGCCGACAGCAUGCUGACCCUGGGGAGCUGCACAGCCGCAAGAGCAUGCUGCUGGCUGCCAAGCAGAUCUGUAAGGAGUUUGCAGACUUGAUGGCUCAGGACCGCUCCCCACUGGGCAACAGCCGCCCUGCACUCAUCCUGGAACCUGGGGUGCAGAGCUGUCUGACACACUUUAGCCUUAUCACUCAUGGCUUUGGAGGGCCUGCCAUCUGUGCUGCUCUUACUGCCUUCCAGAACUACUUGCUAGAGUCACUCAAAGGACUGGACAAGAUGUUUUUAAGUAGUGCAGGCAGCGGGCAUGGAGAAACCAAGGCCUCAGAGAAGGAUGCCAAGCAUCGGAAGUAACUUGUCUCUUGUUCCCUGGCUAAGGGACUCCCAGAGCCUGAGAUGGGGCCCUGGUUCCUGGGGAUAGCCCUGAAAGGACUAAAAUGUGGGAUUCUAUUCAGGCCAGAGAGAACAUUUUUCCAGAAGCCCAGAGUGGGACCUAGUUGGGUAAAAGAAGAAGGCCUUUCUGUGGUUUCUGGUAAGGACUCAUAUGCAAAGCUGGCAUGGAAAAGCCUGGCUCAUGGGACAGAGCCCUUCCCACUGAGAUGCCUGGGCAGCCAUGGGUGCCCUGAGGCUAAUAACAAAUCUGAGGUGCUACUGAAAAAUUAGUGACCUUCACUUCAGUUUCCUAGCCCCAGAACCUAGAAGGAAGUUCCAGUGGGCUCUUUGGAUCCCUCAAGGCUCCUGGAGACGAGAGGCUGGAGAGUCCCUUGAGGAACAAGAUGGUACAGCACAAACCACAGAACUUGAGCCCAGGCUGCAUACCACAGUCUGCUGCUGCCUGUCCUAUUUAUUUAUGUACAAUUUAAUUAAAUUUGAAAAUUAAAAAA